AUGAGAGGGUUGGUCCAUCAGCGGGAAUUUAGCCCUAGAGCUCCUGAAGUGCUCUACGAGCCAGCAAUCCGCCAUCCACGCAACCUGCUGUUGAGAAGUUCCCCCCCUGCCUCCAACUCUGAGCACAGCUUGAGUUUCACCCACGAUGAGUUCCUGGUGCUGGACGAUGACAUCUUCAACGUCACCUACCCCAGGUCUGGCACCGUGUGGAUGACCGAGAUUCUGAGACUCAUUCGCAGCCAUGGCUGCCCCAGCUGGAGCCGAACCAUCCUCAGUUCUGACUGCAUGCCUUGGUUGUUAACCCAUCUGGGUCUGGAGUCAGCCCUCAGCUACCCUCUGCCUCACCUGCUGACUUGCCACCUCCCCAGGCACAUCUUCCCCAAGUCCUCCCAUUCUAAUGCCAAGGUUAUUUACACGCUACAGGAUCCUCGAUAUGUUGUCUCCUCCUGCUACUUCUCCAAGAUGUGCAACAGCUAUGAGGAUCUCACGUCCUUCAAGCAGUUCCUGAGGGACUUUCUGAAUGGAGAGCAUGAUCCCACCUGCUCCCUAGAAUCAUUGCUCUGCUGGAUGAAGUUGAAGGACACAGAGGAUUUCUUCUUCAUCACCUAUGAAUAGCGGAAGCAGGUACAUGCUGGUUCCUGGGGGCAGGAUUUGGAUGAUGAUGCCGUCUCCUUGGCGGUGCAAAAUGCCUCCUUCACAGCCAUGUGGGAGAACCCAAUGUGCAGCUCCAUCCUGCUCCCCACAGCCAUCAUGGACCAGACAAAGGGCCGGUUCCUGAGGAAGGGCAUCUGCGGAGACUGGAAGAACCACUUUAUAGUGGCACAGAGCAAGACCUUCAACAGAAUCUACUGGGACAGGAUGCAGUGCCUGAACAUGUCCUUCCCUUGGGACAAGCAUUAGAAUUUGUCCCUUUCUGAAGCCAGCUAAGCACUGGCCACUGACAUCUUGGGUAACUGGCUGCUGUUGGACAGAGGGGGUUGUAUCCAGGACUGCAAAUGGUACUGAACCUCAGUGUGCAAGCAAUUAAUUUCAUAGAAUCAUAGAUUCAUUUAGGUUGGAGAAGACCUUUGUCAUGGUUUAGCCCCAGUCAGCAACUAAACACUGUACAGCUGCUCACUCGUUCCCCCCACCCCUGUGGGAUGGGGGAGAGCAUCGGAAGGGCCAAACUAAGAAAACUCACAGGUUGAGAUAAGAACAGUUGAAUAAUUAAAAUAAAACAAUUAUAAUAAUAAAAAUAAUAACAACAUAAAGAAAAGGAAAAUAA